AUUUCUGAUUCGUGCUCUCAUUGCUUCCGUCUUCAGUAGGAGAAAAUGGCCGCCAGUAUCCACGGACGUACCCUCUUUGUUUAAGUCUUACUUGUGUUGUCAAUUUGUUCAGUUUCAAAAUGCCCAGCGCGUCCUGCACACCUUCGCGCCCUUACGUUAGGCGUUCCCGACGGAAAGGAGUCAACAGAGUACCCGUCCCGCCCCGUGCAAACGCAGGCCCUGCGGGAAGCCCUGCAGGUGCAGCAGCAGCUGCAGCAACAACAGCCGCUGCUGCAGCUGGCUCUGGAGCUGUUGUCCUUGUGAGUGGCGGCAGCUCUUCUUCAUCUGGGACGCCAGACCCCCCAGUCACCACAUCAGGAGCAAGUAUCCCAGGACCGGGACCCAACCUGAUUCACCACCCGCCAUAUGACUUGCGCCGAAAGUCCCCUCCUCAUAAUGAUGGUGGGCCCAGCACAAGCUCAAGCACCAGUACUGUCAGCUGCACUAGCCUCCAUAACAUGGCGUGCAGUACAAGCAGCAACAACUCUACCUCACCCACAGUGUUCUGUAGUUUUGAUAAUGCACCUUUGGUGUCAGCCCGGAAACGACCAAGACGAACCCAGUCAGUAAGCAGUGUUGAAAGAGAAUCUCAAACCAAUACAGUGGCUGCUCAGUAUCUUCUUCAUGAUCUACCUGAUGAAGUGAUUUUAUUAGUAUUUAGUUAUUUGAUGGAAAAAGACCUCUGUCGUGUGAGUCAAGUUUGUAGACGUUUCCGAAGCAUUGCAAAUGAUGUGGAACUAUGGAAGAAGUUGUACCAGUCAUUGUAUGAAUAUGAUGUUCCACUUUUCAACACAGAAGUUUGUCGCUUUGAAUUUGAAAAUGUGUCUGACUGUGAACAUGCUAACCCAUGGAAAGUGAGCUUCCAGCAGUUGUACCGUGGUGUUCAUGUACGCCAGGGCUAUCAAGACCUUAAAUUUGAUGGUAGAAAAGUACCUUUCUUCAACACCAUUCAAGCUGCACUCGAUUAUGCAGAUGAGAAAAACUCACAACUUACAACAGAAAAUGGAGAUGGGCCUCUUGUCUUCAUUCACUCUGGCACUUAUACUGGUGAAUUUCUUGUCAUAGAUUGUGAUGUUUCACUCAUUGGUGCUGCUCCAGGAAAUGUUGCGGAGUCUGUGAUAUUGGACCGAGAAUCAGAGUCGACUAUCAUGUUUGUUGAGGGUGCCAAACAAGCUUACCUCGGCCAUGUUACGCUCAAGUUCUCUCCAGAUGUGGGCUCAACAACACCCCAUCAUAAGCAUUAUGCGCUUGAGAUUGGUGAAAACUGUAGCCCCACAGUUGAUCAUUGUAUCAUCAGAAGUAGUUCUGUUGUUGGGUCCACUGUCUGUGUGAGUGGACUGGGUGCCAAUCCAACAAUCAGGCAUUGUGACAUUAGUGAUUGUGAGAAUGUGGGACUGUACGUCACAGACUACGCACAGGGUUUAUAUGAAGAUAAUGAGAUCAGUCGGAAUGCCCUGGCUGGUAUCUGGGUAAAGAACUGUGCCAGUCCCAUCAUGAGAAGAAACCAUAUCCAUCAUGGCCGAGAUGUAGGAGUUUUCACUUUUGACAAUGGCAUGGGUUAUUUUGAAUCUUGUGACAUCCACAACAACCGUAUUGCUGGCUUUGAAGUUAAGGCUGGUGCAAAUCCAACAGUAGUAAAUUGUGAAAUUCAUCACGGUCAAACUGGAGGAAUUUAUGUCCAUGAAAAUGGCCUGGGUCAGUUUUUGGAUAAUAAAAUUCACUCUAAUAACUUUGCGGGAGUAUGGAUCACGUCUAAUAGUAAUCCCACGAUCCGGCGCAAUGAAAUUUAUGAUGGCCAGCAAGGUGGUGUUUAUAUCUUUGGUGAAGGAAGAGGCCUUAUAGAACACAAUGAUAUCCAUGGUAAUGCCCUUGCUGGUAUCCAGAUUAGGACAUCAAGUGACCCUAUAGUUAGACACAAUGUCAUCCAUGAUGGUCAGCAUGGUGGUAUUUAUGUGCAUGAGAAGGGAAGAGGUUUGGUAGAAGAGAAUGAAGUUCAUUCAAACUCUUUGGCGGGUGUCUGGAUUACAACUGGUAGCACUCCUAUUCUGAGGCGCAAUCGAAUCCACUCUGGAAAACAAGUGGGUGUUUACUUCUAUGAUAAUGGCCAUGGCAGACUAGAGGACAAUGAAAUUUUUAACCAUAUGUACUCUGGGGUCCAAAUCAGAACCGGUAGCAACCCAAUAAUCAGGGGUAACAAAAUUUGGGGUGGUCAGAAUGGUGGAGUUCUUGUAUAUAAUGGUGGUCUUGGCCUUUUGGAACAAAAUGAGAUUUUUGACAAUGCGAUGGCUGGAGUUUGGAUCAAAACAGAAUCAAACCCAACCUUAAAGCUGAACAAAAUUUUUGAUGGAAGAGACGGAGGCAUUUGUGUGUUCAGUGGUGGGAAAGGAAUUUUGGAGAGCAAUGAUAUCUUCCGCAAUGCUCAAGCGGGUGUUCUAAUUUCCACUGGUUCUCAUCCGAUACUAAGGCGGAAUAGGAUCUUUGACGGGCAGGCAGCUGGUGUUGAAAUCACAAACACUGCUACUGCUACUCUAGAGUAUAAUGAGAUUUUCAACAAUCGCUUUGGGGGCCUGUGUUUAGCUAGUGGGGUUCACCCUCUAUUAAAAGAAAACAGAAUAUUCAGUAAUCAGGAUGCCAUUGAGAAAGCUGUGACUGAUGGCCAGUGCCUCUACAAAAUUUCCAGCUAUACGUCAUUUCCUAUGCAUGACUUCUAUCGCUGUCAGACAUGCAAUACAACAGAUAGAAAUGCUAUUUGUGUUAACUGCAUUAAGGUGUGCCAUGCAGGUCAUACAGUUGAAUUCAUUCGUCAUGACAGAUUUUUCUGUGACUGUGGUGCGGGCACAUUAAACAAUCAGUGUCAACUUCAAGGAGAGCCCACACAAGACACUGACACAUUAUAUGACUCAGCUGCUCCUGUAGGAUCUCACACACUCAUGGUGAACUGAGAAGUGUUUUAAAGCCUCCACACUGAAGGGCAUGAGCAGUUAACCUCAUGCUGUGAUGAGGAAUUUGUAUGCAGGUGAUGGCUGUCAUUUUGGGAAUUGAAUUGUGAACUAUUUCUGAAAAAGAUGUAGAGUGGCUCAUCUGUCUUUCAGUUUGUUGCUUAGAUAGUAGCUCCAAUUUUGCAAUCUUGGUUUUUUUCUGUUUUGUAAAGUUUUGUUUGGAGAGGGGGACACAAACUGACUAACUUGCCUGUAGCUCUCCUAUGACGCAAGACGUCUGUUAAAAUCUUACAUCAGAGAUUAAGCUACAUUUAUUUUUAAUCCUCCAUUCAGUGCUGUGAUACCUUGUUUUUAUAGUAUGUCUUUUGUUUAUAUUGUUUUGUUAACUCUUGCAUUCUCUCUGAUGUUGCAUAUGAAUUUUCUGCAUUGAAGAUUAUCAUGUUUUCACUUUAGUUUGUAAUGUUUUAUUUGUAUAUGUGUGAGUGACUGAGAAAAUAUUGAUAAGUGAAGGUUAUCUGUAAAGUGCAUAUUACAUGAUGUUAUGAUGUUGCCUCAAAAUAAGGCUUCUUGCCCAGGCUCUUAAUUAUGUAAUGUGACAGCCAUCACCUGGGAGAGAAGAAAAGUUUCUUCCACUCCAUGCUCCAUUAAACUAAUCCUUGUGGAUCUGUAGUACUGAUGUGUUAUGUCUCAGUUUUAUCCAGUGAUUCAACAUUCUUUUUUACUCUCAAAUAAAUUGAGGUAUAAAUGUGAUAAGAUACACACAUCGUCAUUUCUCAUAACAGUAAACCACUUGCGAUAAGAGUGAGGUACAAAGUCUGUGACUGAAACUAUCAAGAUAAUUUUCAGCCUGUGUUAUCAAGUUGACAAAGUGCCUUUGUGCCUACUGCCAUGGAUGAGUAGCAUACAUUCUUUACUAUUUGGCAUGGCAGGCUUUUCAGGUAGUUAUGCCAUGUAGACCAAGGGUUAAUGGAGACAUUUAAUAGAGUGGUUUGUGGAGGCUUGAUUUUUUUUUGGUUGAAAUUACCCUACUUGUUGGUCUUGUGUGAAGAAUCUGUGUUCAAAGAGUGAGUGUGUGUGUGCAUGUGUUUGUGUACAUAAUUUCAACAGGCUUAUACAUACAUGUGUGGAUGGGUGGACUGAAUAGAUGUCUGGCCUAUUUUGUGAAGUUUAAAUGUAUGACCCAGAGAUGAACUUGACCUCUCAAGAAUCUCUUUUGUAUAAGUGUACAUAUAUUAGUUAAGAGUGAUCUUUAAAAAAAAAAAAAAAAAUAGUUUUCUUAAAAUACUUCUACUGUUUUUCUGUUUUGUCUUUUUCUUUCUUUUUCAUUUCAUUUGAAUGAAUUUUAUUUUGGUUUGAUUAAAAAUGUUUAUCUUCAGGUACAGAAACAUUAAUAUGUUCUGUUUUGUACAUAUACAUAAUAUAGAUUUAUAUCAUUUGUGUAAGUGUUAAUAAUUAUUUAAAAGUUUCAUUUAAUUUGUACUGUGUAAUGAAUUAUGAAAUUGUCCAUCCCAAGCAUGAAGCAUAAUGGCGUACCCACCAAUGACCUAGCAAUGCUGCAAGUUUUGUUGCUACAACUGAAAUGCAUUUUGUAAAUUUACCUUCAUUUGUUUGGCACUCUAGAACUGCAGAAAUGUUUUCCUGUGGAAGGUGAAAUGAACUUAAACUAAAUAGGUGGAUGUUUCGGUUAUCUCAAAAGGUCGUGAUAUUUGCAUAUCUUCAUUCUUCAAGAUAAUGCAUUUUUUUUUUGUUAAUUAGAAUGAAAGCAAUAAAUUUUUUUGGCUUUCUGGGGUUAUACAUAUGUGAUAAAGUUGUGUGUGGAACGAGCUUCUUCCCUUUCCUCUGUUAUUUCCACUCUAUUUUGCCCAGAGCUAUGUUGGUCGGAAGUUUUCAUGUUUGUAUCUCUGAGGUCUUGCUGUUAAGCUUCAAGUCUUUUGAAACUAUGUUACCAGUUCCAGUCUUGGAAACCAUGUGUUAGGUGCAUUGGAGGGUCGAGCUGAGCCAAGUAGCCCGUGGGCAUGUGUUUCCGUGUCGUAGUAUUUGCAAUAACUUGCUGUUUUGUACAUAAAACAUUUUGUAUUUUCAAAGUAAUUAUUGAGGGGUUGACAAUGGAUCUAUUUUGCUUGCAGGCAAGCACUGCAGGAUAAAGUUCCUCUAUACUGUAAUGCAUGCCUGCAGGCAUUGUUCAAGGGCAUUUGGAAGAGAAUUAAGACUCAUACUCCAAUGGAUUUCAUAAAUAUUGCUUUUAAUUUGUAAAUUGUGCACCCUCUUUUGUAAACAAAAGCACUUUGUCUCUGCUAAGUUUUACAUAGGACAGAGAUAUUUUGCUUGUUUUGUCUGAAGGUUAAAUUAACAUGUGCUGUUUGUGCUCCAUUAAACGUUUUUGACUUGCAUGAAACGUUUAUCAAUUUUAAUGACUGCAAAACUUAUCAUUAAUCAAAUUCUAGCAAAUUUUAUAAUUUUUUAACUUUAAAGCCAAGAACACUGGUUUUGGUCCUCCAUUGUCAAAAUGUGUCAAAGCUGUCAAACUGGGUUAUUAAUUUGUUUUGGAUCUAUUUUAAAACAACUAUAAGAAAAUCAAUUGUCCAUCUUUCUCAUUUGAUGAGAUUUCAGACAUGGUUUUCUGUUAGAAAACUGCAUUGCAAAGGCAUUUUGUGUGCCAACUUUGUUCUGAGCAACUGUGAGAAUAGUUACUGAUGUAACUCCACUCUUUAUUUGAUAAUGAUUGUGAUAUUGGACAGGCCGGCAAGACCCAACUUUCCAUUUUCUUUUCUGUUUGCUGUGUUAAGGUAUGCUCCUGGGAGUUAGUCCUGAAGUUUUGCAACAGUUGACAGAGAGUAUCAUAUUCCAUGGGAAGAAUUGAUAAUUAUUUUAUCGAUGGUUUAAAAUCAACUCAUAAAGUAUCCAGUGUUGUGUGCCAUAGUGCUGUUGUAGAAAGCCAAGUCAAGUGGUAUAGUACUUUAGUGCUCAGUGGUUGACCUCUGGAACGCUCAAUAUCACAUGCUGUGGUGUUGACUUUCAUGCUUUGUUUCCCUUUUUUUAAUUUUUUUUUUUCUUUUUAAAUCUUAAACUUUUCUUGCCAAUAUGUUGAUAACUUUCAUGUUUUAUUUACUGUUUUGCUUCUGACCUGUAGAUUAAUCAUUGAGAAAGAUAAUUUAUUGGGGUGUGAAUUUAAAGUUAUGUUCGGGAUUUUAAGUUUGACGUCAUAAGUUCAUAUACAUAUGAUUGUUAUUGUGAAUAUAGCAUCCUGAUAGCUUCAUCCCCACCAUGUUAAUGUGCAAGUAUUGCGGAUACCUUAAUAGUUUUAUUAAUAAAUCUACUGUUUAGUGGCAAGUAUCAGUGUGACGUGUAGUAAAUGUACAGUGAUCAGUUAUCUAUGGAGUCUCGAUUCUUCAAGCACAUUGUACCAAUUUCAGUUGGAUUUAUUUAUGUUGGACUAUCUUUUGGGUCAGUUCAGACUCCUUUCAAAAGAAGUAUAUCAUGGUCCUUUUACAGUGGGAAACUGCCACAUUUCAAGUUUUACAUUAUUGUUAGGUUUAGCAAGUAACAUACUUCGAGACAAAAUUGAACCUUCAUGUUGUGUAUGAUAAUGUGCUUGCAUAAAAGUAAAAAAAAUAAACUGAUGUAUCGUAUGGAAA